AUGAACAGCUGGCAACUCCCUUUAUCAGAGGCCCAAAAGAAGGACUUGGAUAUCAAUGUUUUGCAAUAUAUCAGAUGGUGUUGUGAAGCUAGAUCUGAUAGCCAAAAGUUGACGCACGAGGAAAAGCAAAUUCUAAUAGACAAAUUGUCUAUUUUACUAGAUGUUGACUUGGAAAAAUCGGAUUCUAUAAGUGCAGAGAAGCCAUUAACUCUGCCGAGAAAAUGGAAUUCAAUUGUUAGAUUACAACAUCGAAUAAUGUCUUUAGAACAGCAUUCAAGAGAUCUAACGGAAGAGCUAGAAUCCCUAAACGCGCAGAUUAAUAAUAACGGACCUCAAAUAUUAAACAAACUGAAAAUUAAUAUUAAUUGGAUACCCAAAAAUUAUCCUCAAUGUUCAAUAACACUAGAAACGUCUAUCUCAGCCAUUAAGUUACAUCCACAGCUCCCAAUAAUAUUUAUCGGGACGGAUAAUGGAAAACUUUACGCAUAUGAUAUCUUUAACUACUCACUUCCCUUAGAUUCAACUCAGGCCCAUAUUAAAGGAAUAACGUCAAUUGACGCCAUUAUGGAAUUCAAAAAUAAUAAUAAAACCGAAGAACCAUCUGCAAUAAUAGCUACUAGUUCAAAAGAUCUGUCCAUUAAAUUAUUUAGAUGGUCUGCUAAGGAAAAUAAGUUUCUCCUGUUUCGAGUAUUGAUGAAUCACGAACAUAUCGUCUCAGAAGUUAAAUUGUUCCGUAAAUUGAAUAAUAUAUAUCUGGCAUCAUGUUCAAGAGAUACUUCCAUUCGAAUAUGGACCGCAGAAGAUGGAAUGAUUUUGAAUUCAUUUCAUCCACAUAAUGAAUGGGUUCGGUGUUUAGAUGUCUCUGGAGAUUUUGUAUUGUCCGGAUCUCAAGAUGCGAGUCUAAGAUUGACUCAUUGGCCCUCCGGGAACGGUUUAUCGAUAGGUAUUGGACAUGAAUUCCCAAUUGAAUCUGUAAAAUUCAUUUUACCAUUAUCGACCAAUGAAAAAGCAAGUCCAACUAUUAAUUAUUUAAGGAAGCCUCUAGAAAUUGAUUCUGAUUAUGAAAAAAUGAGUUUCAAAUAUUGUGCCUCUGCAAGCAGGGAUCGUUUAAUAAAAAUAUGGGAAAUUCCAACACCAAGAUUUGUUAUGCAUAGGCCGCCAGUCCCUAACAGCAGUAAUUCGAAUUUUAAAUGUAUAAUGACUUUAAAAGGACAUGCUUCCUGGGUAAAGGAUUUGAGGAUAAGAGGUAAUUAUUUAUUCUCUUGUAGUGAUGAUAAAACAAUACGAUGCUGGAAUUUAGAGAAUGGAGAAUGUGUUAAACAAUGGACAGAUUUGCAUUCUGGAUUUGUUACUUGCCUUGAUAUGGAUCCAGACGGUGGAACUAAUGAUACGGGUCAACAAUCAUUACAAAGAGAGAUUAUGGCAACUGGUGGAUUAGAUUCAAAAUGUAAUAUUUUAUUCCGUUAA